UAUAAAUUUCGACACGAACCUCAUCUUCGAUUUGCUUGAUCUACAACUAUGGGCGGAAUCCAACCUUCUCCACGGUGGUCGACAUUUUGGCGGUUUUAUACGAGUUUUACCCCUCGCACAAGGCACAAUAUAUUCAGAUACAAUAAGAAAUAAGUCACAAAGUUCCGUGCUCCUAUACACGUUCUAGCUUCUAUCUCACACCGGCCGCGCUGUGGUGAAGCCCCAAGAUGAUCGUAUCUCGUUUUGCACUGGUGUUUCGCAGAGUCUCAAUCUUUGAAAUUGUGGCCGCCACUUCAUUCGCCCGUUAGUCGGGCGGAGAAAGAACGAGAGCAAUCACUGAUCACAUGGGCGGGGACUGUGGCCUCAGGCGGAAACAAGGCAUCCACGCUUAUCCUCGGGUGGCAAGCGCGUUAUCGGACAUGUUCUUCCAUAGCACAUGGCUUGGGAUAUACAACCGUCUAUCAUUGCGAAGCUUUACCUGGACAUUGAAAACAUAUUUCUCUCUACGGCUUUUUAUAUUUGGCUAAACCAGCAUACAUCGAUCGUCAAUCUUCGAAGCCCCAUCAACCACCAAUCAUCAAAAACACUUAAUCUCCCAAAAGCAUACAUACCCAAACACCGCACCUCAAAUACAACAGUCCCGCCAAAAACAAACACAGCUAAAAUAAAAGACAAAAAAGGAGAGAAAGACCCAAAGAGAAGAAUGCCCUACCUCCAACCAGACCCAGACCCAGAAGCCACGAACCAAGCAAGCAACGCCUUCGAACAGCUAGUCCAAGACCUAAGUGCAGCCCUGGGUCCGAGCUCGGGUCUGGACUCGGACGAUGUCGACCCGCUCACCAUCCAGCGUCUAAUGGACCGGUAUACCUCCAACGCAGAAGAAUGGCAGCCGUUCGCCCUGCCCGAUCUCAGCAAGACCUACACGAGGAAUCUGAUCGACGAAGGCAACGGCAAAAGCAAUCUGCUUAUUCUAGUAUGGAGUCCUGGGAAAGGAAGCGCUAUCCAUGAUCAUGCGAAUGCGCAUUGUGUUAUGAAGGUUCUGAAAGGAUCCCUGCAGGAGACGUUGUAUUCAUGGCCCGAUCAAAGUAAGCUCGAGCAUGGACAGAUUUCUCCACCGCAGAUCAAGAGGGAAACUACGUACUGUGAGAACCAGGUCACGUAUAUGUCGGACAAGUUGGGCCUCCAUAAGAUAUCCAACCCCGACCCGGACAAUGUUGCUGUCUCCUUGCAUCUUUAUACGCCGCCGAAUGCUGCGACGUAUGGCUUUAGUGUUUUCGACGAGAAAACGGGGAAGGCGUUUCAUAUCAAACAGUCGAAUUUCUAUUCAAUCCGAGGGAAGAGAUGUUUCGCUUUGCGGAUAUAGUCGUCUGCAGUAGUGUGGUAGUCUCUAUGUAUCAUUACCUAUUCUUAUUGUACUAUAGCCUUGUGUACA